CUUACCGAGUUUCAGUUUGAUAAGAAGUGAAUCUCGCCACACCCUGACGGAAAACGUAAAGUUCCCCGAUCUCGGUUGAAUAUUAUUUGAAGAGUGUUUGUUAGGUGAAAAGCACACUUUUUAAAUCAAAGCAGCAUGACUAUGAAAGGAUCGCUGAAAAGGGCCGGGAGAGUGGUACUGGCCAGCUUGUUCUCAGUCUGAAGGAGACUCGUGAGCAGAAGCUUCCUCUCUAGUGCUCCUCCUCAUCAGGUCAAACCAGAACGACGCCUUUGGCGCGCUCAACACACCGCAACUAACCACGUCCUCCCUUCACACAUCAUCGAACUCCUACCUUGUCCAGAAUGGCGUCAACGACAGCUGCCCCACCAGUUUGCUAUUAUGACAGCAAUGUGUCUUUCUUCUACUUAAAUGUGAACAAAACCAUCCCAGAGGAGUGGCGUCCACAGGACUAUGUGGUGGUCGGCCUUGGACUGACUGUCUGUGUCUUCAUCAUCCUCACCAACAUCCUGGUUAUGUCAGCUAUAUUUAUGAACCGGCGAUUCCAUUACCCCAUCUACUAUCUGCUGGGGAAUCUGGCAGCCGCUGACCUGUUUGCUGGCAUCGCAUACAUGCACCUGAUGUUCCACACUGGCCCAUGGACAAAGAAGCUCUCCAUAUACCAGUGGUUCCUCCGACAGGGAUUGAUUGACACAAGUCUGACGGCUUCAGUCAUAAACCUGAUGGCCAUCGCUCUGGAGCGGCACCAGACCAUCUUCACCAUGCAGCUGCACAGCAGUAUGACCAACCGCCGCGUCAUCCUCCUCAUCCUCGCAAUCUGGCUCAUCGCCAUAGUGAUGGGGCUGGUGCCCACCAUGGGGUGGAACUGCAUGUGUGAUCUGCAAAACUGCUCCAAAAUGGCGCCGCUGUACAGCAGGAGUUACCUGGUUUUUUGGGCGGUGCUUAACCUCUUCUCCUUCACCGUCAUGGUGGUAGUUUAUACGCGCAUCUUCAUCUACGUACGGCGCAAGAACCUGAGGAUGAGCCAGCACACCUCGCAGACCAAGCACAAGGAGACUGUGGUCAGCCUGAUGAGGACCGUGUUCAUGAUCCUCGGAUGUUUUGUGAUCUGCUGGACUCCGGGCUUGGUGCUCCUGCUGUUGGAUGGUGUGAACUGCGGCUGUGGAGUGUUGACCUAUGAGAAGUACAUGCUGGUCUUGGCCGAGUUCAACUCCCUCAUGAACCCCAUCAUCUACUCGUACCGGGACCAGGACAUGCGCCGCACUUUCAAACGCAUCCUGUGCUGCCUGUGGCCGCGUGCGGGAGGGCGAGGCCAACAUGCAGGUGUCCGCUUCAACACGCUUGAACAAGAGAGAAGGCGACAAGAAUCGGAAGACUCAUGGAUAGCAUGUAAAUCAUUUUGCAUUUCAUCCUCACAAUUGGAUGGAAAUCAGACCGUUCCACCUUCAUGAAAAAUCAUCUAGACUUUUGUAAUGCUUGUCUGAUCUGUUGACAGAUGUUCAUCUGUGGGGCCUUAAACAAAGAAAGAGAAAACAAAAAACCUAAUUUUGCUGUCAUGUUAAAGUCAAAAUAUUGGGGGGGGGGAGUUGCUCUCACUCACUGUUAUGUAGUCAGGUGCUUGGACUUUCCCCAGACCACAGUACUGUCUGCCCGAGGAUGUAGGGUGGUUGGGUUGUUUGGGAAUGCUACGUGUGCCAGCUUUUUCCUAGGCAAACGUUCCGACCACCUCAUCUGGGCCUCCAGUAGCUCACCACCAAAACCCAGUGCUUGGAAAGCCCUUGCCACAGUGAACCCGCACAAGUUGGCCCUGCAGUGCUAAUGCAGUCUGUGGAGAAGGUGCACUUGGCCUGGCCUGAAUGGUGCAUCUCCGCAGGGGUAAAUCCACCAAGGCUCCUCCACCUGGAUGGUGUGUCUCUGCUGCAGGUCUGAUGGGGCUUACUGGUCUAUGAUGUCAUGUUAGGGUCGCUACGUGACUAAUUUUUAAAAGUGUGUUUGUGUGUGGGAGCAAGAGAGAUCAAAGAGUUAAGAUACGAUGGAUGACAUCAGCAGUCUGCAUGUGAACAACUUUGAUGUUCAGAUGCUUCUACCCUUAUCUAACGUGCAGUUUUAAGGGGAGCUGUAGCAUGUCUAGCACUGCUGUGACUCCACUGAGCUUCUUUACUCUCCUAUGGUUAAUGAUCCAUAGAGGUCCUACAGUCUUUUGACUGAUCAGAUCACUGAAUCUCUAGUCAGGCCAAGCAGUCCUCAAUGUUCAUGCAAUGUUAUGAGUCGUGUUUAUGAGGGUGGAUUUGAUUAUCGACCCCUGGGGGAGGGGAGGACACUUGUGUUGAAUUACUGCUGCGGUUGUGUGGAUAUAAAAACAUACAUGAUUGUAGUUUCGUGCCUUUUUUUUUUUUUGAAGAACUUUAUCUAUACAUCACUGCUUCCUUCUGCUUUUAAAAAUGUGGUUUUGUUGGCUGUUUUUAUUUUCGUACACAAAUGGGUUUGAAAUUCUCCAGAGGUUAUUUUUAAAUGAGAAAUA